AUGUUAACGGCUUGCCUUUGCUUUCGCCUGCGAUCCGCUCUCCCCGCCCCCACUUGUCCGGCACCAGCGGAGUUCUUCCCCGACCGCACGGACGUGCAGUGCCUGCACCGAUGGCAGAAGGUGCUCAACCCCGACCUCGUCAAGGGACCCUGGACCAAAGAGGAGGACGAGCGCAUAACGGAGCUAGUGGCGCAGUACGGCGCCAAGAAGUGGUCGCUCAUCGCGCACCACCUGCCGGGGCGCAUCGGCAAGCAGUGUCGCGAGCGGUGGCACAACCACCUGAACCCGGGCAUCAAGAAGGAGGCGUGGGGCGAGCACGAGGAUGUGCAGCUCAUCAAGGCGCACAAGCUCUUCGGCAACAAGUGGGCCGAAAUCGCCAAGUUCCUGCCCGGCAGGACGGACAACUCCAUCAAGAACCACUGGAACAGCUGCAUGAAGAAGCGCGCCGAGCUCUGCACUCUCGCGGACCUCCUCGCGCUCCCCCCGUCACCCGGGCUUCCCGAGAUCCCCAUCUCCGCGGAAGUGCUGCAGGCCGCGCGCGAGGGGAAGCCGCUUCCGCCCAUCGGCGGAGACGGCGCGUGCGGGAGCGGGAGCGGGGGAGAGGAGGAGGAGAAUGGGGGAGAGGAGGGUGAUGACGAUGGGGACGCGGAGGAGGGGGCGAGAGGGGCCGAGGGUAAAGGGAAGGGUAAGGGGAAGGAGCGGGCGGGGGAGAGGGAGAACGGCGGGUCGCAGCAGGGGGAGGAGCAGCAGGCGGCGCUGAUGGAAGUGGCGGUGGGCAUGCCUGCGCUGCCUCGAGGCCAGUUUCAGGGGAAUGUUCAGCCUUCCGCCAGCGCGGGUGCCAGCCCUUCCGCGUCCCCGGAGAAGCACUCCGCCCCCUCCGCGCGCCUCUCCCUUUCCAGAGCACCUGCUGCCCGCCCCGCCCAAGCGCCAGUGGCGAGCGGCCCCAAUCCCAUGUCCAGUGGCUCACAGAGAGUGAGCGGCGCCCCUCUGCGCGCAUGCAGUGCGUCCCAGGCGCCGCCGCAGCCCCAGGCGCAGGCGCAGGCGCAGGGGCAGGCGCAGGCGCAGGGGCAGGGGCAGUCGCAGGUCCAGCCAAUGGCGCCGGGCGUGCACCUGACGAGUGGCCGCUGUCGCGUGGGCCCCACCAGCCGCACCAUCACGCUGCUGGGCGGCAGACUGCCGUCCGCCCUGGCCUGCUCUCCCGAAGAGAAAGGGCCCCGCCCUGAUGGGGAUGAGGAUGGCGACGGUGGCAGUGGUGCUGGUGCUGACGUGGAACACGCGCUCACUCUGCCUUCACCAGCCGCCCUCUCUGCUGCCCCUCUUCCCCCUCCAGCUGGCGCCCCUGCUGGUGGUCCCCCCGGCUCUGCCCCUGCGUCCUCGUCCUUCCUGCACCUGCCCUCGCGCCCCGCUCUCACCCUCCCUCAAGCACGGCCGGCGCCCAGCCAGCAGCAGGGGUACCUGCCUCAGCAGCAAGGCCCCAUGCAGCACACAGGCUCCACGUGCGCACCGCAGCAGCAGCAGCAGCAUCAGCAUCAGCAGCAUCAGCAGCGCCAGCAGCCGCCGUCACAGCCUAUGUACUACCAAAGCCAAGGACAGCAAGUACAGCAACCAUUUCAGCCACCGCAGCAGCAGCAGCAGCAGCAGCAGCAGCAGCAGCAGCAGCAGCAGCAGCAGCAGCAGCAGCAGCCACCGCAGCAGCAGCAGCGGUAUCAGAGCAGGCCAAUGCCACCAUGGCAGCAGCGGGGCCUCCAGAUGCCAUCCUGCCCUCCCCCUCCUCCUCCUCACGCCCCUCCACCACACUCCAUCAUCGACCCCUCUUCCUCCGCCUACGCGCCCACACCCGCCCGCUCACCACCACCACCGCCACCAGCUUCGGCUGCCUUCGCUACCGGCCCCACGCAGCCCCAGUACAGCCAGCAGCCCCCAGACACCAAACCCCAAAUCCUCUCAGGCAGCCGAAACGCUGUAACGGGUGGCAGCAAUGCUGUUCCAGGCGGUACCACGUUGGCAGGCGACGCUGCAGCACAAGGGCGCGCAGCAAGCCGUGCAGGCGGAGCCUGGGAGUCCAGGGCGGAAGUGAAGGCGGAGAGUGACGGCAUGCGAGGGCGCGAGGGGGCGGAGGAGGAGGCGGCAGCGGUGCAGCGGCUGCUGAGUCUGGACGGGGCGGCAGCAGAGCCGCUGUUCCAAGCAGCGGAGCAGGCAGUGCAUGAGUACCAUGCGACUCAGGGCUUCCAGGGCACAGCAGCAGCAGCAGUGCCGGGGCCGGUGACGGUGGAGAGGGCAGUGGAGAGGACAGUGGACGAUUCGCUCUUCUACGUGCCGCCGCAGCUGGACCACCUCGAUGCUGCGCCCUCCACUGCUGUCUCCUCCGCGCCCCCUCCUCUCGUGCCCCUGCCCCCCCUCUUCGACUCGUUCCUCCUCAGCCCCACCACCGGCCCCGCCCUGCCUGCCUCACCGCAAAUCACCGCUCUCAACCUCCCCUCCUCUGCCGCGCAGCCCUUCUCCUCGCCUCUCGGCCUGCGCCAGAUGCUACCUCCCCUGCCGUCCACCGGCUGCCAGACCCCCAGGCAGAUGCAGCCUGCCCCGUCCACUGCUGGCUGUCAGACGCCAGUGAACGCCAUCUUCUCAGGCCUCUCGCCCUUCCUCUCAGGCCGCAGCCCCCCCUCGUGUGCUGCCUCGCUGUCCAUGUCGUGCCUGCUGCUCAGUGCUGGCCGCUCCCUGGAUGGCCCCCCUUCGAUUUUCCGCAAGCGCAGGAGGGUGGUUGAGGUCACUGCCAACGCUGCUGCUGCCACGCCUCCACCUGCUUCUCGUGCUGCGGCCGCGGCUGAUAGUGCUGCAGCUGUCGCUGAUGCUGAUGGGGCUACUGUAGGUGGCGGAAAGGGCGGGGAGGAGCGGGGGGAGAAGGGAAAGGAGGGUGGGAGAGAGGCGGAGGGAGUGUUGGAAUCGGGACGGGUGCUGGCUCUGCUGAGGGAGCAGCCCGAGGGGCUGGGCAGUGCACAACGCAGAGCCGGGCCAGCGUGUGCAGAGGAGGGCCCCACUGUAGGUGGGGCUGGCGAAGGUGGUGUCGCUAAGGGGAGUGAUGCAGGCGAUGGUGACAGUGACGGGCGUGAUAAGGGUGGGCUGCUUCUGCGGAUGGGCAAUGGUGCUGAUAGUAAGGAUGGUGGCAGCGAGAAUGAGAAGGGGAGUGAGAGUGAUGUUAAGUUCGGGAAUGAGAAAGGGAGGGGCGGUGAGGGGCUGCGGCGUGAGAAAUCGAGCGAAUGUGGCCUGGAUCGCGAGAGCAGCCCGCAGAGGAGUGUGAAGUGUGAACGCCCCCCGUGCAGGCGGGCAGCUGUGAAGGAUGGCCGUGCAACCAACCUGGGGGAGAAGGAGAAGGAGCAGAAGGAGGAGGAGGAGGAGGAGGUGGAGGAGGAGGAGGUGGAGGAGGAAGUGGAAGUGGAGGAAAAGGAGGGAAAAGACGAGGGACCGGUAAAGGAGCAGCAGGAGGAGGAGCAGGAAGCGCAGGAGGAGGAAGAGCAGGAGGAUCCGGCUGAUUUUGCGCUGCCUGCAGCUGCCAUUGACGGCGAGGGCGGGGAGGGCGGCGCUCACUGUGGGCCGGUGACGUGGACGCUGACCCGUGGCAAGAGCGUGAGCCCCGAGGGCAAGAAGCGCGCACGUGAGGGCGAGGAGGAUGGGGUGCAGGCAGGGGCGAGGGGAGGAGGCGGCAUGGGAGGAGCAAGGGCGGAAGGGAGAGUGUCUCCGAGGAAGCAGCUGAAGCUGGAUGGGCAAGUUGUGAUGGUGGCUGCUUCUGCUGGCGCUGCUGGUGCUUCUGGUGCUGGCAGUGGGGCCCUGCCCCUGAGCCGUGUGCUGCAUUUGGAGCUGGAUGCGGCUGCUGACACCCACAUGCAUGAUGCCAUGCAUGGCAGCAAACCCAGUCAUGAGCUCACCACGCCGCACUCAAAGAAGCAGGAGCAGCAGGGUGCAUCCUUGAGCAAGCCGCUCUCCUCGUCCUCCACUCUCCCGUCCCCUCCGCUCUGUGUUUCUGCCUCGUCCACUCAAGACGUCUCGUCCCCGUCAUCCCUCGUGCCCGUGCCCUCCACAGACACCCCCUCUACCGACUCUCCUGCUGCCACUGCUGCUGCUACAGCAGCACCACCAUUACCAGCUUCACUAGCAACAUUGGGAGUGGUGGGGCGAUCGCGUCUGGGUACAGUUCCUGUGGUGGCCUCUCCUAGAGUGGGUCCGCUGCGGUCAGGAGUGGUGGAGAAUGGUGAGAAGGUGGGGGCAACGGAGGAGGGGAGUGCAGGCGGGGAGAAGGAGCGGCAAGAGAGCAAGUGUGUGCAGGGCACUGGUGCGAGCGGUGCAGACAGCAAGCCGUGUGACUCUUCUGACACUGCUGUAGCUGCUGCAGUGAAGGUUGGGACCAAGGCAGGCAGCACCACAGCAGCAGGCUCACACAAGGGCCCGGCCCUGAAGGCACAGACGAGGAGGCUCAUCCGCAAGGUGCUGCCUGGGGGAGGCGUUGACUGGCAGGUGGCGGCUGUCGGGCCUGGGCUCGCCAGCCUCAGGGGCAUUCUGCAGGCUGCCUCCGGUGCACCACCGCCCCUCACAGGAGCCCUGCCCUCGCACAUACGCACAGGCACUGCUGGAGGCACAGGGGCAGCAGCAGCAGGAACAGCAACAGCAGUGGCGGUCCCUGCAGGGCCUUUUGGAUUCGGGCGCCUGCUGUCCUCUGCAGCAGCUGCAGCAGCAGCUAAGGCUCGACCCGCACCAAGGGAGCUUUGCUCGCCGGAGCUGGCAGGUUCAGGUGCGAGCGUGAGCUACUCAGGGUGCUACAGCAGCUGCAGCGGCAGCCAGUCGUGCAUGAGCGGGGCGCUGUCCCCCUCAGUGACACCAGCGACCUCCCCUCCUGCGGCAGCCCUGAUGGCCGCCACGAGCACCAUGGCCUCUGCCACUGUCACGUCUGCUGCUGCUGCUGCACCGCCUCCGCCCCUGCAGAUGCCCUCACCUGCACAGCCCCAACUGCCCCUUGUGCAUGGGAAGGGAAGAAGCAGGGCCGGUAGUGCGAGGGUGGCCCUGACUGCUGCUGGUAGCAGUGGCGGUGGCACUGCUGCUGGUACUGCUGCCAGUGGUGCUGAGUGUGCGUCUGCAGAGGCUGGUGAUGUGGCAGUAGCAGAGGUUGGUGAGACUAUGGCUGUGGGGGGCUCACGUGCUGCCGAUGGCCAUACUGCUGCUUCUGCAGCACCUGAUGCGACACCUGAUGCAUGUGGUGGCAAUGGCAAGGAGGAGGUUGAGCCUCUUGAGUGUGCUGAGGCAGUGAGUGACGUGGACGCAGCAGUGCCAGCAGAAGGCAAGCCAUGCACGGCACUGCCAUCACCACAAGCGCCACAGCACAAGGCACCGGCACCACACAACGCCUCCACGUCUCCACCUCGCCCGCUGAAGCGCCCCUUCUCUGCUGCUGACCCACCAGCUGAUUCCAGUGCUGCUGCUUGUGGCUCUACAGGCGCUGCUGCUGGUGCUGCUGAGGGUGGCGCCGGUGGUGGUGGAGCGAAUGGCGGAGAGGCAGGCUCAACAGCGGGGGGAGGAGGGGAGGCGGGUUCAGAGAGGAAGGUGAGGCGGGUGCGACCGCCGCUGCACCGGUGUGUGGGCAAGCCACAGCAGCAGGCGCAGGCGCAGGGGGAGGGAGAGGGAGAGGGUGGAGAGGCGGAGGGAGAGGCAGCAGGCGGCUGUGCUGGCGUUCUGUCCCCACCCCCUCUCAAGCGCGUGGCAGCAGUGCGCGCACCAGCAGCAACAGGGGAGGGGCAGGGGAACAGCUUGGGCCGAGCAGAGGCAGUGGGGGGUAAUGGAGGAUCUACUGUGGUGGGAGGGGGUGAGGGGGCAGCAGGGUCGGAGGGGCAGUGGGUGCUGCAGGAGGUGGGGGUGGAGGGGUCGCUCUUCUCCCCAACGCCCUCGCGUGCGGGCAUGGCGGGAGUGGCAUCAUCACUCGCCUCACCCAUGUCGCCCUUCACCGCACGCUGGCUCUCGGUACGUUGCUCCCUUGCUCAACCCCUCUGCUUCGCACUCAUUUCCUCCCUUUCCCCGCCUCCCUUUUCUCUCCUUCAUCUACUAUCCCUCCCAUACUGCUACCACGCUGUUCUCCACUGCUCUUGCCUUCUGCCUGGCCCACUGCCCUUGACUCAUCCAUCUUGCCUGUCCCACUGCUCUCCCCGCCCCUGCCUUCCCCCCCGCUCCUUCCAGCCUGUGAGGCCGCAAGCACUGGCAUCGCUGGACGUCUUCCGCUGCAGCACGCCUGCAUCGAUGCGCAAGGCGGGCUUUGCACGCUCCCAUGCGCACUCACACGCCAACACGCACGCGCCCAUGGUGGAUGGUGACGCUGCUGACUGUGACCUGGCAGCGGGCACUGGGCUCAGCAAGACCACAUGGGGCGAGCCUAUCAGCCCUGCCAGCUACCUGCUGCGCGAGUACCGAUGA